AUGACGCGCCUCAGAGACGUCGCUGUGUUAUUCGCCAGCUCUGUCGUCUUGGCACAGGAUCACCAGCAAGUCCUCAAUGGGGGUUCCGGGCUUUUGACGACGCCAUUGGGCACUCAAGUUAACACCCUGGGCUCAUGUCUUAUGGGCUCGGCGUGCCAGAGAGUGGGCAAGAAGAUCACCAUCGAUGAUAUCGUCAUCUCCACCGAUGGUCAGGGAAACACAAAGUGUUGUCCCCUGGGUACCACUUUCAACGGGUCCCGCUGCGUCUAUCCCAAGUCCACUGUCUGUCCUCCUAACAUGCACUUUGCAAAUGGUGUCUGUGUCCUCACCUCUGGACCUGUCUGCGAGGAUACAAACUUGGUGCCGACUAAGGACGGCUGUGCCUCAAAGGUGCCGCCCCAGUGUCCUCCAGAGACUAUCCUGGACAACGGCCAGUGUGUGAUGAAGGAGGACCCGACUUGCCCAGGCGGAAAGAAGAUUGUCAACGGACUCUGUACCGUCGAUGAGGUACCGAAAUGCCCACAAAAGGGCUUUCGUGCCCAGGGUAAUCUUUGUGUUUCGGAUGAAGGCCCAACAUGUCACCAAGACUGGCUCAAGGUGGUCGAUGGCAAGUGUGUGCACACCAAGGAGGCCAGCUGUCCAUCUGGUACCAAGCAAAGCGGGACAGGUCGCUGUAUCUCUGUGCAACCUCCUUCAUGUCCACCCGGGUUCACUGUUUCCGGCAACACAUGUGUGCACGAUUCCGGGCCAUCUUGCCCUUCCGGGUCUGCUUUCCGGAACGGCGUUUGCGAAUACAGCAGACUGCCUUCCUGCAAAGAAGGAACCCUGACCAAUGGCGUAUGUGUGUCGAACAGUCAGCCUGGAUGCCCGUCGGGUUUCAGAUUCGACAAGGUCACAGCUCGUUGCCUGAGACGGGAUCAACUCAACUGUCAGGCCGGAUACGUCAACAGAUGGGACCGCGUCAGUGACAAGAUAGCUUGCUGUCCCAAAGACUUUGGCGGAUUUGAUGGCACCUUUUGCACCCAGGACAACCCAGGCUCGAACGCAUGCCCCCUCAACUCGGAACUUCGUGACGGUAAGUGCGUCACGAGUCCAGGAGGCCAGCCCGAUUGUGACGGUGGAAAGGGUUUCGUUGAGAAGGGCGUCUGCUACAAGAAGGAGGAAGCCUCCUGCCCGACCCCUCUCAAGGUCUUCAAGGAUAAAUGUGUCUACGAAACAGAUCCUUACUGCGCUGAUGGCAAGCUAUCUCCUAGUCGCAUGGAGUGCAUCGUUGAAGGCCCCGACUGUCCAAGUGACACAACUAUUGUGGAUGACGAGUGCGUUUCCAACCCUCAUACACCCGAAUGCCCCAGCAAUCUCAAGCACAAAGAUGGCUUUUGUGUAGGCGAACCCACUCUUAGCUGUCCCCCUGGAACCAUCAAGAACGGCGAGUACUGUAUCUACGACAAUGUGCAGCCUGCCUGUAAGGAUGGCCUCUUGUUAUUGGGCAACCAGUGCGUUACUCGCACCACUUCUCAAUGUCCGGAAGACACAAUGCCGGAAGGGGAGUACUGUGUCUCUAUGACGAAUCCAAUCUGCCCGGAGCCCGAAUACAUCUACUCACUGGCGAGGCGUGCUUGUAUCUACAAGUACAGACCAUCGUGUCUACCUCCUUUCCACCUCAAGAACGGAAGAUGUGUUGUCGACAACGAGCCAACUUGUCCACCGGAUACAGUCCGCAGUGGAGAUAGUUGUAUCAAGAGGGCCAACUGUUCAGGAGACUACACCCUAGUGGGAGAUCGGUGUGUUCACAACCAGAGCCCAGAAUGCCCAGACCCGUCCACCGAGCUCGAUGAGAAGACGGGCCAGUGUAUUUCCCGUUCCGAAACCCCUUCAUGUGCGGAUGGAAGUGUUCUCACCAAUGGGAAGUGCAUUGUACAAGCCGAUUGCCCUCCCAACACCACCCCAAUGGGUGAUUACUGUGUUUCAUACCAGAAACCUGCCUGUCGGGCUGGCUUCACACUCGAAAAUGGCGAAUGUGUCCUCAAGAAGGGGCCGGCCUGCCCACCUGGCUUUGUCGCCCGGGGCUCGGAAUGCUUUUCCUCCAAGCAACCUGAGUGUCCUUCAGGCAGUAUCAUGGACGGCGACCGCUGUAUCAUUGGUGUUAACCCAGACUGCAUCAUUCUGGGUACCUGCCCUGAAAUUGCUUAG